AUGCCGCCGAAGACGCAGAUCAUCACAGAGGAGCCGCCUGCGAAGGUGGCGAAGACAAGCCAUGAGGAAGGUACCGAGGAGAUCGAAGAGACAGAGGCCGAUGCGGCUGAGGACACACGAGCGCGGAUCAGCGAAACCGUCGGCAUAGUGGCUGAGGACAGCACGCUCAAUGUGGUGCCCACCAGCGGGGGCAAGGUCCUCAUGGCCCUCUCGGAUGCUGGACUCCAGUUCCUGGUGGCCGCCUCCCGGGCAAACGUGGGCGUGAAAUCCGGGAGGUACCUCUUCGAGGUCCGGGUGGUGGAGGUGCUGCUCCCGGCCAUCCCAGGUGGCCGAAUGAACCCCAUCGCGCCGAUCCCGCGACAGCUCUGCCGCGUGGGCUUCUCGAAGCAGGGCUCCUCCCUCUUCCUCGGGGAGACGGAAGACUCUGUUUGCUUCGACGCAGACGGCUGCUUCCUCUUCAAUAAGCAGAAGAACUCCGUCGCGGAGCGCUUCGUCCGCGACCAUGUGUGGGGCGUGCUGCUGAACUUGGACCCAGCCAGCCCCAACUGCAACACGGUCAGCCUGUUCAAGGAUGGGCGCAGGGUAUGCAAGCCGCAGCCGUUGCCAGAGCAGCUGAAAGGGCACGCGCUCUUCCCACAUGUGUCCUUCCGGAACGUCACUCUUCAGGUGCACUUUGGGCCCAUGCUGAUGUCGCCCUUGUCCUUCAAAUGCCGUUCCAUUCAGGAGGCUGCUGCGGAAGAUGCCGUGGUGGCUCCGUCCAGCUAUUCUCAGGAUGGGAAGUUUGAGGUGAUCUUCCCCGUCUCCUUGCCGGACGAAGGCACCUUUGACUGGCUAACAGACUUCCUGGAGCAGCACCCGGGUUAUGUGGAGAUCAGCGACCGGAAGAUCGUGGAGUGGGCCACCAUGAGCGGCCUAGGGAAGCCCAGGAUAACUUCCUUGAAGAACUGCAACGACAAGCCCGAUGUGAACUUCGGCAUUCAGGUCAUCGAUGAGCUUUCGCCUCGACGGCUUGUUUACGCUGUGGCGCCACUUGUACCGCGAAACUACGUUGUGAUGGAGGUCCGGUCGAACCUGAUCAAGGCAGAACGCCAGGACAAAGUUUUCACGCUGAUUGCCUGUUAG